AUGGUUUGGGGGAAUUGGACAAUAGUCAGUGAAUUUGUCCUUGUUAGCUUCUCUGCUCUGCCCCCUGAGCUACAGAUUCUGCUGUUUCUGUUGUUUCUGAUCAUUUAUUUUGUCACUUUUACGGGCAACGUCCUUAUCAUCCUGGUCACUACAGUUGAUUCAGCCCUACAUAGCCCCAUGUAUUUCUUCCUCAAGAACCUGUCCUUCCUGGAAAUUAGUUUCAACAUGGUCAUUGUCCCCAAGAUGCUAACUACCCUGAUGACCAAAGACACAACUAUCUCUUUUCUUGGCUGUGCAACUCAAAUGUAUUUUUUCUUCUUCUUUGGGGCUGCUGAGUGCUGCCUCCUUGCUACCAUGGCCUAUGACCGCUACGUAGCUAUCUGUGACUCUUUGCGUUACCCAGUCCUCAUGGACCAGAAAGCCUGUGUCCAGUUGGCUGCUGCCUCUUGGUUCUCCGGGUUUCCUGUGGCCACAGUACAAACAACAUGGAUUUUCAGUUUCCCAUUUUGUGGUCCAAAUAGAUUGAAUCACUUUUUCUGUGACAGCCCUCCUGUAAUUGCGCUAGUCUGUGCUGACACCUCCCUAUUUGAGCUGGAGGCACUGACAGCCACAGUCUUAUUUAUCCUCUUUCCUUUCCUGCUGAUCCUGGGGUCCUAUGUGCAAAUCCUCUCCACCAUCUUCAGGAUGCCCUCAGCAGAGGGAAAGCACAAGGCUUUCUCUACUUGCUCUUCCCAUCUGGUUGUUGUCUCCCUCUUUUACAGUACUGCUAUUCUCACCUAUUUCCGGCCCCGAUCCAAUACCUCACCUGAGAAUAAGAAGCUACUCUCACUGUUCUACACAGUAGUGACUCCUAUGUUGAACCCUAUAAUCUACAGCCUGAGGAACAAUGAAGUAAAAGCUGCACUCCAGAGAACCCUCCGAAAGGCUCUCAGGUCCCAGAAAUUAUGA